GACAAAAGGGGGCGUGGCUGUUUCGAGACGUCGGCCGUCGCUUUUCCCAGCAGUUACCACGGGCAAUUUUUUAAACUUUCCACAGCUCGCAGUGCCAUUUUCCAGCACUUUUCCCAGCCGCGCUUGAGUUUCUCCGCGAUUUUCACAAAGUCCAAGCGCUUCAAUAUGGACGAGAGAGUGAGCGAAGAGAUGGAAGCUCUGACCGCGAUCCUGAUGGAUGAAGUAACGGUGUCAACCUCAGAAAACGGAACGACAACAGUCGAAUCGGUCCUUUUUCCAUCGACAGCUGCUGACGAGGAGCAGCAAUUCGUGACCGUGACUCUGACAGUAGAAUUGCCUGCUGGCUACCCUGACGAGAGUCCUGCUAUAAGGUUGAGGAACCCUCGAGGACUUGAUGACGAUCUUCUUGCAAAAAUACUCUCAGAAGCUAAGGCGAAAUGUGAAGACUAUCUAGGACAGCCCGUCAUUUAUGAGCUAAUAGAGUUGGUGAGGGAGCAUUUGACAAGCAGCAAUACACCUAGCUGUCAAUGCGCAAUCUGCCUUUACGGCUUCAGGGACGAAGAUGAGUUCACAAAAACUCCAUGCUUCCACCACUUUCAUGCACACUGUCUUGCUUCGUAUGUACGCAGUCAUCAGGAGAUGCAAAGACAGGAAAAGGAGAAAGUCCCUCUCUGGCAAAGAAUGCAGCAAAAAGAUGCUGAACAUGACUGUGUGGUAAUGAGCGUGCCAUGUCCGGUGUGCAGGGAGUCACUCAGCUGUCAACUGGACAGGUUGUCCAUGGCUGCCCCACCAAAAGAUGUGCAAGAUGCAUGCAAUUUCAAAGUCACGGAGGAACUGCGCGCGUUGCAAUCGAAGAUGAAUAGUCUUUAUUUGUAUCAACAGCAAAAGGGUGGUAUCAUCGACCCUGAGGCUGACGAGAACAAACUUCUGCUGGUCACUCAAUCAUCUUCCAACGAAAAUUCAGUCGAGUCAGCCCCGGUUGCCCCAGUCCCCACUACACCUCCCCAGCCUGCAACUGGGUUCAAACCACAGGCACCUGGCAGUCGUAGCUGGAAAAGAGGCGGAGGGGGCCAUCCUAAAGCCGGUGGAUCAAGUAGAGGAAAUCGAGGCAACGGUCGCGGUCGAGACAGGAGGAACCAUCAGAGUACGCAAAUGGAGACAACGAGAUGACAUUUGGAGCAGCUAGAGGCGCGGCAGCAUAGAUCAAUACCAAGGUUGGUCGCUCCAGCAGCCUGAAUUUUACUCAAUUAUAACAAUUGAUAAUCACUGUAAAAUUGCAUUCUCAGUCUGUGUAGAAAGUAGCAUCGCACUUCUUGGCGGUCUCUUUGUGUCCUUUUUGCACAAUUUUUUGGGACUCUCAAGCCCUUCUUGUCAUACGGAUAAUGUGAAAAAGACACACCAUUUCAAUAAUAUUUUUCUUUGAUAUUCCCACCCAUGGCUGCUGGAUCCUUGGUACUGUUUUCUUAUUACCUGCUUCCUUUGGUAACACACAAAUGACAAAUUAAUUUUACUGCCAACUUUUGUACUUACUUUACUACAAACCCCCUUAUUGAAUAUAUUUAUUGUUGUUCAACAAUUUUGUACAAACGCGUUUGGGCCUUAUUUAAUUUUAUGAUUAGUUAAUUUAUGCUUUCGAUAUAUUUCAAGAUUGUCUGGAAGUUUUUCCGCUUGGAUGUUUCAAAUGGUGUGUCUCCUCUAAGUUCAAUGAUAUUUGAAUUUUUCAUGAUUCUGUGAUAUUGAUUUUCCGAUUGAUAUGAUUUUUAUGUUAAAUGCAUAAUAUAGGAUAAUUAAUGUCACAAUUUACAUAAUAAUUAUCUUGGAACAUUGCCACUGAUCAGUAAUAAAUAUUAACCUUCAUUAGGUGA